ACAGAUAUAACGUUAAUGAGUCAUGACAAAAAAUAAAAUCAUCAUCCAGAUAACGUACCCGACCAACGUCAACAAAAAAUUCUACCUGAUAAACAAGAAAUUCUUUCGGAGAUAAAAAUAGAAAAGUACAUAAAAACAUUAAGAAAUAUAUUCAAAGUCAGUCAAAGUCGAGAAAUUGAAGAGUGUACACAGACUUGAGCACAAGAUGCAUUUUUACAAAUAUUUUGUGUUUUUAUUUUUUUCGAUACUGCCCGCAAAUAGUUACAAAAUUUUAGUGCUAUUUCCUUUCACUGCCAAAAGUCAUUGGCUCAUGUUCGAAUAUCUAAUUGAAGAGCUUUUAAGACGAGAACAUGAAGUUACAGCAAUUACAAGUUUCAAGCCGGAUCGCGGUUUGUUGUUAAAUGGGCAUGAAAAUUAUACGGAAAUUUUAAUUGAUCCGCCUUUCAAUCCUGAUUCGAUGGUGUCGUUCAAGCAAUUUUAUGAAAGAAAAAGCCAUUCUCAUGUAACAUCGCUGCUUAAUAUUUAUGAUAUUGGAUAUGCAACUUCGAAGCACGGAUUGCAAGACAAAAAAGUUCAACAUUUGAUAAAAAGCGACGAAAACCAUUUUGACAUAAUAAUCGCCGAGCAAUUCAUGCAAGAGAGUUGGUUGAUGUUUGCUUACAAGUACAGAGCGCCUGUCGUGACAUUAAACACUUUCGGAUAUUCGGAUGCUUAUGAUCGCAUAUACGGAUAUUACACUCCUUGGUCUGUUGUUUCUCAUCAUUUGCUGCCCUAUAAUGAUGAAAUGUCAUUUAUCGAACGUGCUCACAAUGCACUGAUUUGUUCGAUUGAUUGGGCAUUGCGAAAUUUUUAUCAUUAUCCGAAACAACAAGCAUUAAUUGACGAAUAUUUUGUGCCUCAUAUGAAAUUGAUGAAAAAUGAAAGUUUUCCAGAUAUUUACAAGUUAGAACGUAAAGUUGCUUUGAUUUUGGUUAAUAGUCACGUUGCUUUGGAUCAUCCGAGACCUUCAAUGCCCAAUUUGAUAAAUGUUGGAGGUAUUCAUUUGAGACCGACGAAUCCAUUGCCUGAGGAUUUGAAGAAAUUCAUUGACGAAGCAUCGCACGGUGUGAUUUAUUUCAGUUUUGGAUCAAACAUUCGAGGGCAAGAUAUGCCGGAAAAACUACAAGAAACUUUCAUUGAAGUCUUUAGAAAUUUACCGCAAAGAGUAUUAUGGAAAUUUGAAGGUGUUGUCCCUGAAAAUAUACCCGAAAAUAUCCUCAUUUGGAAAUGGUUUCCUCAACACGAUAUUCUUGCACAUCCAAACGUUCGUCUCUUUAUCACUCACGGAGGACUUUUUAGUAUGCAAGAAUCUCUCUUUAAUGGUAUCCCAAUGCUAAUUAUACCAUUUUUCAAUGAUCAAUUCAAAAAUGCUGCACGAGCAACGAGAGAGGGUUAUGGAAAGAAACAAUUUUUGCACGAAAUAACCCAUGAAAGUUUAAAUCAAACAAUUAGCGAUUUGUUAAACGACGAGAAAUACAGAAUCAGAGCUCAAGAAGUAGCUGAAAUAUUCAAUGACAAUUUGAAAGAACCAAUGGAGACAGCAAUUUAUUGGAUAGAAUAUGUUGCGAAACAUAAAAAGGCUCGUGAGUUUCUCAUUAGCAAAGCGAUAAAGUUGCAUUUAUGGGAAUUUUACAUGUUGGAUGUUAUUUUUGCUGUAACAAUAAUUGGCUUAUUAUUCGCAUGGAUUAUCAAAAAUUUAGUCAAAAUAUGUUGUUCCUGUCUGAAAAAUCAUAAUUUACAGAAAAAUAAAGUUGAAUAAAAUUUACCGUCGUUUUUGCAGCUUUUCCCGUUUUUCCUGAUGGUCUCUUUGUAGAUAAACUUUGGGAAGUUAUACCGCUUAU